AUGUGUAAUGUCGAAACAACUACAUCUUCUUAUUAUACUACCACUAAUUCUUCUAUUGACAAUGAUGAUAACAGUACUUCUUCUUCUUCUUCUUUUUCUUCUUCUUCGUCUACUUCAUCUACUCCAAAGGCUUCUGCAACACCAUUUAACGAUAACACAUCUAGUUACGACAUAUGUUCCGCCGUCACUGAGUCAGCUGUUUGUUACGGUAUGGCCUUGUAAUGUUACCACUUUUGUGUUUUUAUUUUACAAUAGUUUUUUAUACAGUAGUUGUAAAAGUGAAAAAGUUGAAGUCUAAAAAAAAUCUUGCCUUUGUAAAGCGUAUUUUACCCUCUGAGUGAUGUCGUUAUAACACAUAUGAUUUAAAAAAAAACAAGUCGUAAAUAAGGAAGGUUUAGAUUGUAUCCAUGGUAAUUUUGUAUGUGAAAACAAUGGAACGUGUGGGUGGUACGGUAACACAUCUGUUUGCGACUGUGAAUACGGUUAUAGUGGAGACUAUUGUGAAGGUAUUUUAUUUUUUACGUAAUAUAACUACAAAGUGUUUAUUGAAAAAUGAUGAUUAUAAUAUUAGAUUGUUCAAUUAAUCCUGUGCUUCCUUUCAAAAGAAAUUUUUGGGAUUUGAAGGCUCAAUAUUAUUUGAGCAACAUAACAUAAAAAAGAAAAAAGUAAUGUUCAUACCAUAAAGUCUAAAGUAAGUCCUUAAAUGUACUGUUACAGUAACCGAAGGCUGUGCAUCUUCACCAUGUUUGAAUGGUGGAGCAUGUACGAAUGUGAAUACAACUGGCUACGAAUGUGAAUGUCUUAGUAUAUAUAAUGGUACAAACUGCGAUAUCUAUGAUCCCUGUUCAGCUACACCAUGUGUCAAUGGAGAUUGUAUUAAUAAUGGCAAUGCGACGUAUUACUGUAACUGUACUACUGGCUACAAUGGCACUUUUUGUGAUACUAGUAAGUUUUUGUUACUUUUGUGGUAAAAUACGCUUCUUUUUUUAUGCCAUACUAACAUUUACAUUUAUUUAUUUAUAAUUAUUUUACUCUGUAAAGGGUAACAUCAUGUUACUUUAUUAUACUAUACCAUAACACAAAGUAAUAUAUUUAAAAUUUACAUAUAUGUCUUAAAUUAUAUAUUUAAAAAUAUUAAAUUUUUACAUUUUCAGUAAUAGACUAUUGUGAUGACGACCCAUGUAUGUACAACUCUACUUGCACAUCUUAUAUUGGGUAUUAUGAUUGUCAAUGUCUAGACGGAUCUUCUGGAGAAGAUUGUGAAAUUUUAACUGACAAUUGUAUUGUGAAUAGCACAUCAAACACGACUACUGUUUGCAACAGCCGUGAUGAAGAUGCGACAUGUACAAAUGGGUUCAACACAUACAAUUGUACAUGUUCAUCACAAUGGGCUGGUGCUAAUUGCACUAUUCGUAAGUUAAAAUAAGUCUUAAACAUUUUGAAAUACUUAAAUUAAUGUUGCACCUGAGUAAUGUUUUUAUAUCUGCUAAGACACAUUUCUUCGUAUAAAAUGUUUCUCGCAGUUCGCAGCAAUAAAUUUUCUUGCCUUUCGACAGAAAAUUGUCCGACUUACAAAAUGUUUAUAAAAUACUAUAAGGUCUUGAUUAUCUAGUAAAAAAUAAUAAAUUCAAUGUUUUAGCAAUCCAAGUCUGGCAAGCACUUCAAUAUUUCCCGGAUCAAAGCGAAUCUGUGGCUCUUUUUCUGGAAAACAUUUAUGGAGAUCCACAAGCAAUCGAAAAAGCAGCUCCGUAUGUUAUUGCAACUUUGGACCAGACCAACGUAACUGCAAAUGGGUGGAGUUUGGAUGAAACUGUUAUUUGGGCAGCGUUUGAGCAGCGGAUCUUCAACAAAACGUAAUUUUUCGCGAUAUUGUUUUAGAUUUAGGUACUUUUAAUGGAUUGGGCUGGUACUUGAUGGUUGGGCUCGUAUUUUGCUAAAAAGUUGUGAAAAGCUUUCAUAUACAUUGCAAAUUAAACUUCUAAAAUAAAAUUUUGAAAUUUGCAAUAUAAAAAAAGUUAUGUCGAAUUUUGAAAGAGGAUAUUGAUGUACCUAAAACACUAAUGGCUUCAAAGCUUCAAUCAUUUUCUUAAUUUGGCUGGAAUUUUGAUGAAAUCUACUGAUAAUAUGUUUAACGACUUGACAAUUUCUAAUUACAGUGACAACUUCUACGUGCUGACAGACGCGUCUCUCGGAAAUUGUUUUACCUUCAAUCAUCCAGACAAUCAAUUCACGUUUCAACUUCGAAAUUCUGGUGAAACUAACGGGUUUUCAGCGUUGAUGAAAGUGAAUCAAGAUGAAUAUUUGCCGUGGUUGGACAUUGCAAUGAUGAGCAUCUAUGUUCACGCUUAUGACACAUUGGUAUUUGUUGAAUCUUUGAGCUUUGAUGCGAUUCCUGGAGGAUUUACGGCUUUAAAGGUGUCUAAGGCACGGUUUUUUGUGUUUUUGUGAAUUUUUAGGUUUAAAAUUUCUGGUUUUGGCUAAGGAAUAUUGUUUUGAUUUUGUUACCUAAAAUAAUAUUCUUACUUCAUUUUGUUUUUCAUUAUGUUAUUUUACAUCAAUUUGUUAUUGUUGUGGCUUUUUAAAUUGAUUAUCUUGCUUUCAGUCGACAUACACAAGACUAGGGGGAAAUUUUGACGAAUGUGCGGCCUCAACGUCAGACGUUACAUCCUAUUUCUACCCUGGGAACUACACAUCAGAUGCCUGUUUGUGGAGUUGCUACCAGAUGCAAGUAAACGCAUCUUGUGGCUGUAUGGAUCCACGAUAUCUGAUGCCAAAGCGAGGGGCAUACCAAUGUGGAUUGUCCGAUGCUGUUUGUGUAUUCAAUGUCACAGAUGUUUUGGGGGAUCCAUCAACUUGGAGUACUUGUGAUUGUCCGACAGAAUGCGAAGCAAUUCAAUACGAUGUGCAGUGGGAUGGGGCUGGAUUUCCGGAUAGUGUAGGAGAUUUUGUAGUGUUAUGAAGUUUAUGAACAUAACAUGGACAAAUGUAAUAUAUGAAGAAAUUUUGAUUUUGUUAAACUUUUAAGGUGUGUUUUGUAAAAAUAGUCUUGAACUUAUAUUAAAACUGAUUUAAUUUUAGCCAGUCGAAUGUAGUGCAUACGACGACAAUUCUACGGCUUAUCAAACUUGCCUUACAAAUUUUCAAGAUUAUGCACAAGUCAGCGUUUACUUCCCUGAUAUUACCCAAACUACCUAUGCUGAAACUGCUAAGUGGACUGUAAGUUAAUUUUAAUUGAUAUAGGAUAUCUACGGAUUCAGUUUAACUUCUAUGAGAAUAAGUUUGGUUUUUAAAAGGGAUCUAUUAUUGUUUGGAAACAAAUUUAGGGAUCUAUUCUGCCAGGGAAACGUAGUUUCUUGGCUUAAGCUAUAAAAACUAUGUCUAAAGACUUGAUUGAUCUUCCACUCUCGAAUACUGAUUUCAUCGACGAGCUCAUCCUCUUGGAAUUUCUUCUAGUUUACGCUAUAAUCUUGUUGACAUUAGCUGCAAACGUUCUACAACCUAUUAUCAAGAAAGUCAUUACAGGUGAACAACAUAAUGGCGUACUUUGGUGGUCUCGUGGGUGCUGUAAUGGGAUUUUCGUUUGUUUCGGUGAUUGAACUCGCUUUCCUUGUCUACCGGUGCCUAUUAGUGUUGUGUACAAAUGAGAGUGCAACCCUCGAAGAGGUGGAUGUUGGUGGUGUAGAUGAAGAUGAAAACCAUCCAAAAACUACAAAGAUAGCCGACUCGAUUGAUCUUUUGGAACAAGGUUUAAAGACAGAAGCUACGGAAACCGGUGAAGCCAAGGUUCCAGAAGCCGUUCCGCCUUCAAUUGCGGGCAGAGAGCCGGCUGUAGCUCCAGAUGCUUCUAAUGCUACACAUGGAAUAGAGCCGAGUAAACCUCCAACUGGUGAAUUUACUACUGGAUCACCGAAUGAUGUAGCCGAAUCUACAUCGACUAGCGGGUUGGAGCCACCACCGCCGGUUCCUGUUUCUUCUGAAACUGCGCAGGCGCCAGUUGAUGCAAAAUAG